AGAAAACUACCGCCGCGCAGUAGUCUAGUGGAUGUGUUUUUGACGUAACAAAAUUGUACUGAUGGAAAGAGUAAUAUUUCACCGUGAUUAAAGGCGUGGAUUAACGCGACAAGCUAUAGACUAGUCUAUUAAACGGAGGUCUGGACAUUAUGUGAAGGGCAGACAUGGGGGCGAGAGAUAGAGAGACACAUGGCCAGGUAAUGAUGGUAUGAGCUCCGCGCGCACUGCAUGCCCUAACUCAGCCAAACGUCUCCCGGCCUGAGUAAUAUGAGCGUUCGUGAACAUCAUCCAGGAUGUUUUCUGAUCUGGCUGGCCUCAACUACACCUACAACGUGAGCGACGACCCGUUCAGUUUCCGGGACCGGGAGUGGCGCGACGCGCCGAAAGAGACUCUGUCCAGGACUGGCUUCAUCGUGCUCUCUGUGUUCCUGGGCUUGAUCAUGACCUUCGGCUUCCUCAACAACUUCGUCGUACUGCUUCUCUUCUGCAAGUUUAAAACUCUGCGUACUCCGGUCAACAUGCUCCUACUCAACAUCAGCGUGAGCGACAUGCUGGUGUGCACGUUCGGCACCACGCUCAGCUUCACCUCCAGUAUCAAGGGAAAGUGGCUCCUGGGUCGCCACGGCUGCUUGUGGUAUGGCUUCAUCAACUCCUGCUUCGGUAUCGUGUCGUUGAUCUCCCUGGUGGUCCUUUCAUAUGACCGCUACAGUACCCUGACUGUGUACAACAAGCGUGGUCCUGACUACCGCAAGCCCCUGCUGGCCGUGGGGGGCUCCUGGCUGUACUCCCUGAUCUGGACGGUGCCCCCCCUGCUAGGCUGGAGUAGCUACGACCUGGAGGGGGCCGGCACCAGCUGCUCCGUGUCCUGGACCCUGAGGACGGCUCAGUCCCACGCCUACAUCAUCUGUCUGUUCGUCUUCUGCCUGGGCCUGCCCAUCGCCAUCAUGGUCUACUGCUACUGUCGGCUACUGUGGGCAGUCAAACAGGUGGGUAAGAUCCGUAAGACUGCGGCACGGCGGAGAGAGCACCACAUCCUGUUUAUGGUGCUGACCACAGUGGUGUGUUAUAUACUGUGCUGGAUGCCCUAUGGCGUGGUGGCCAUGAUGGCCACAUUCGGCCGGCCCGGCAUCAUCACCCCCGUGGCCGCCGUGGUACCCUCCCUCCUGGCCAAGAGUAGCACCGUCAUCAACCCCAUCAUCUACAUCCUCAUGAACAAACAGUUCUACAGGUGUUUCCUGAUCCUGUUCCGGUGUGAACGGCGCUCCACAGAGAACGGCCUCUCCUCCAUGCCCUCCAAGACCACCGUCAUCCAGCUCAACCGGCGUGUCUACAGCAACACGGUGGCGUGCACCGCCCGGGUCUCCACUGGUAUCCACAACCAUGGCUGCAGCACCCCGGCCACUGAGCGCAACAACCCUCCCGAGGUCACUUCCUGAGCAGGCACGCCGGGAUGACCAACGGGGAGGAGUGAAUGAUGACCGUUGGAUGAUGAUGAUGAUAGCUAGCUGAGCGGUGUGCAAACCAUUAGACCAUCACAACGUGAACGCUUCAAGCCCCAUGCAUAAAUACCCUCGGGGGUCUCUCCUCCGCUCGUGCCCAGCCACUUCGAUUUGUUUACUGAUCGCUGUGUUUACCUGUGCAUGUGUGUGGAUGUGGGAGAGAAAUUGUCCAUGUGUGUGCAAGAGAAAGUAAGUUUAUGUGAGUGGAUGGGGCGGACGGUGUAAUAUAGUGAGCAUGUGUCCUGCAUGCAUAAGAGGAAGUGUGUGUAUCUCUGUGUAUGUGUGUGCAUGUGUGUGUGUAUGAAUUCUGUGUGUGUAUGAAUUCUGUGUAUGUGUGUAUGAAAUUUGUGUCUGUGUGUGGCUAUGAAUUCUGUGUAUGUGUGUGUAUGAAUUAUGUGUGUGUCAAUUCUGUGUGUGUAUGUAUGAAUUGUGUGUGUGUAUGUAUGAAUUGUGUGUGUGUAUGUAUGAAUUCUGUACUGUAUGUGUGUGAAUUAUGUGUGUGUGUAUGAAUUGUAUGUGUGUGAGUAUGAAUUGUGUGUGUGAAUUAUGAGUGUGUGUGUAUGGACUCUGUGUAUGUGUGUGUGUAUGAAUUAAUGUGUGUGUGUGUGUACCAUUUGAUGUCACUCUGCUCUAUUGACAGUCUGCUUGUCUUGGUGUAAAUACCAUCGCUCAACACACUGGCAAACCACAAAACACACAGCACUGCCCAAGUGAAAAGGUGUAUCUCUGUCACAUUUCACCCCCCAAACACACACACUCCGACCCCACGCCUCGAACACACACUCCGACCCCACGCCUCGAACACACACUCCGACCCCACGCCUCGAACACACACUCCGAACCCACGCCUCGAACACACACUCCGACCCCACGCCUCGAACACACACUCCGACCCCACGCCUCGAACACACACUCCGACCCCACGCCUCGAACACACACUCCGACCCCACGCCUCG